GGUUAAUCUUUCAAAUUCUUUGGCAUAUUUGAGUAUAUAAGCACAAUAAACCCUUUCUAUGGGAGGGUUUAUGCUGUGCUUUUUAUUCUUUUAUCUCUGGUUAUGUUGGGAUGAAGUAAUAGUUUGUCUGGAGGGUAAUACGAAUGUCUCUGUGUUGUUCUGCCUCUUGCAGAAUCUCUGCAUAUUUAGUUAAACAACUGCAGCAGAAUCCGUGUCGUUGGUAGACUCGGACUCUGACGAUUCUUCUUCGGUCCCAGAACCCAUUUCAGAAAGAACUCCCAGUUCCUCCCGCAUGUCAGUUUCAAUCAACUCCUUAGAUAUCGGGCUAGCUGAUCCCCACUCCUCCUUAGAGCAUCUGAGUAUGGCUUCGUGAAUGCUUUUGGUUUUCUCGCGCGCGCUUUGACAUCGUUCUCCCCCUUAGCCCCAAAUUUUGACGGAGUACAACGUUUAAAGCCCCUGCCUGAAUUAUUGCCUGGCCACAAUUUCUUAAGAAAUUUGGAGUCAGAACCCGGUUCGAGAUUUUUCAUCUGACAAACCCAGUUGUUCUCUUCUCUCAGCCUCCUAUCCAGUUUAAGUCGUCACCAGGUGCAACGAAGGACUUUGUUCUGGAAUCAUUUAUUUGGGAUAAGGUGCUUGAGCUGAGCACCUUGAUAACCUUGGAUAUAUAAUGCUUCAUUUGUUUCUAUCAGAGCCCAUCUGGAAUGACAACGGAGAUGACAAUUCUGCCAAGAUGAGAGUAUCUCUCUUGAGUAAUUUGGAAUCUGUUAUUUGGUCGGUCAUGGCAUCUGGAGGUCGAUCAGAGGCUCGUCUGUGGCUUUGUAACACGAUAGCUGGCAUAAGUUCCAUCAGUCGUCACCAUCAGUGCGAGUUACUUACAAACUUGCUGAGAUCUAAGCCACUGAAGAGGGGCUUCGCAUCUCAGCUCCUAGAAAUGAUAUUUGAGAAUAGGCCACACAAGGCAGGGUCCAUUAUUGCCAAGAGAAGUUACAUACUUAAGAAAUUCUUUGAAGGAAAUCCAACACGAAUAUCUCAAUGGUUUUCUAGAACUGGCGGUGGAUUGGGCCAUGGACCUGGUGCUAAGGCAUUGUCGCAAUUUUCUUUUGUUAAUCGAGAUAUUUGUUGGGAGGAGCUUGAGUGGAAGGGAAAACAUGGGCAAUCACCAGCAGUGGUUGCUACAAAGCCCCAUUACUUUCUUGAUUUGGAUGUCCAGGAAACUGUGGAGAAUUUCCUUGAAAAUGUCCCUGAAUUUUGGUUGUCCAAUGAGCUUUCUGAGUCACUUAAAGAUGGUGAAAUUUUGUUCGUUGAUAGAAAAUUUUUUGUCGAAUUUUUUGUUGAUUUGAUGUAUAAAGAGGAUUCAAGAGAUGUAUGGGAAGUCACAAGUGAGUAUCUGAAGGAGGAAUGUUUUUCUUCGUUGUGCAAACGCCUUCUUAUUACUCUUGAUGAGUGGGACUUAUGUGAUUUUCUUAACAUGCUUCAUAAGAAUCUCAACCCUAGAAUGGAGCUCAAGGAUCCUAUGGACUCAAGUUAUUUGUUUGAGGUUAUACUUUCUAAGUGCGGUGAUUUUAGGUGCUUCGAUCAGAUAUUACUGUUAAAUGCAGUUUUUAAUCAUGGACGCCAGCUUUUACGACUUCUACGAGAUGAAGAGGCCCACGAGGAAAAGGAAAAACUUGAAGACAUUGUUUCGAAGAUUUGCGGAAUCCCAAACAAUGACAGUAGCUUGGCCUCAAUUAUCAAAGAUUGCUUUAAAAUGAAGAAUAUAGAAGCAUUUAAAUUGCUGGGGCUUCAGUCAUGGGUUAUCUAUUACAGUUUAGCAGAAAAAUGCCAGACUCCCGAGUCUUGGGAAUUAUUAUUUAUGCAUAAUGAAAUAAGUUUCCGAAAAUCAGAUAGAUAUUUAUUUCUAGAUAAUCAUGGAGUGUUGGAAGGUGGUGUUUCUGAUUUGGAUCAUAGAGCAUCCAAAACAGUUAAGCACAGGAAAAAACAUAGUAGAAGGAAAAGAAAAAGGGACAUCAAUCAUGAUGACAGCGACAAUGAGUUGCUGGAUUUGGGAACCACAAAAAAUAGGCUGGAUUUGCAAUCUAAUGUUGGAAGUUGGUUGCUCUCAAUUGAUGAGUAUUCUGCAUCAUGGAACAGUGAGGAUUUACCCGAAUAUCUUUCCAAGUAUUGCUUAUCUACAUGGAUGAAGUGGGUGUUUGCACAAUGGGGUCAGUAAGCUUCAUUGGGCACAUAGAAUUGUUCAUUUUACUCUUCAAAGCCUGGACAGCUAUCAAUGUGAUAAAUGAACAUCGAAAUAUUCUGUUCUACAGUCCCUUGAUGCUUAUAAGAAUGAAUUUAGCACUGAUCCUAAGUAUAUAAAAUCAUUCUAUUUGGUGCUGCCAUCACCAAUACUAUGAUGCUCAUUUUUGUGCAAGAUUCUUAUUGAAAGUGCUAUCCCGAACAAGCAUAAUGUCCUCUUGAAUUCUUAACGGUGAAACAACCUCCGGCCAAUGCCGUCUUGUCUUCAAGUCGUAGUUAACAGUCUGUAGUUAAUGGUACCCGAGUCAAUGGCCAACGUCAUCAUCUCCAUGUGGUUUCCACAAGGUUAUGCGCAUUUAACAAGAAAUACUGGUACUGGAGUAAAAGAUGCAAAACAUAUGUCAGGACCAUCUUUAGAAAUGAAGUAUUCGUGGUUUAUCGUCUUAAUGGUUUUAUCGAAACUCUGGAUUCUUUUUUCACUGAUGAGAAUUUUUCGCAUGACAUAUUUGGAUUAUCAGUGUAUGCGCUUUGAGCUACUGCCUUCGCAAUUCUGGCUGAAGUCGUACUAUCCGAGGAUAUUCGCUUGU